AUGUCGGGCGAGCGCGAAGUAGUCGGCUAUGGAGUGAACGGGAGCCCCAUUUACAUCGAUUGCGUGGAGUUCCCCUUCCCCGCAAUUCGCUAUAAGGAGGCUACUCCCGAAAUUUGUGCUCUGCGUGAGAAGGAGCUGAGCGAUUGGAAGAAGCUGUCGCUGCAGGAGAAGAAGACCCUCUAUCGGUACAGCUUCGGCCAGACUUAUGCAGAGUUCCAGCACUUUACGCCCGAAUGGAAAUUGAUUGUGGGCAUUGGAUUGUGGGCCUGCGCCAUCGGCUUCCUUAUCUCGUUGAGCUAUUGUGCCAAGUUGUACGGCCCGUUUCCCGAAACCUUUGAGGAAGAACGCCGUCAGGCCCAGCUUCGACGCAUCAUUCAAUUGGAAAUGCAGCCCAUCACAGGGCUGUCCUCGAAGUGGGACUACGAGAAGAACAAAUGGAAAUAGAAUCAUUGCGACGAAAACACUUUUCUAUAGCUAGUAGCGGUCUCGCACUCCCCCUAUUAGCAGACAAACACCGAUAUUUGAGUUUAUGAAUGAAAUACCUGCAAACGAAUGAAAUACCAACGCAAACAAACAAUUUGGGCUUCACUCAGAACACACAACCAAGCGGAACACCCACAUUAAUAACACUUUAACGUUUCAAACUAAACUUGUAUUAAAUUCCUUUUGAAAGGAACUUAAAUGUA